CGACGAGCACGCCCUCCUAUACCUCUGCUACGUCCCUCCUCACUGCCGGCCACGACAGUAUCACCACUUUCUUUACGUCUGGGUCGUAUAAUCUCAUCUCAGGGCUGUCCUGAUCACGAUUGAGAUCGUUGCCAACGGAAACGUGCUCGCCUUGUUUCACCCACACCGUCAAGCCUCACGGACACCACUUGCCAGGUCAAUAUCAGUACCAGAAACACUUCCAGCUGACGUCCACAUCUUUUGACUCGCCCUCCAAUCCUUUUGGGAUGUCCUCGUCGCAAAGCGCCGUCAACCAGAGAGCCGUACAUUCAAACACUCGCCACUCUAGGAUUACCGUCGAGUACCACCGCCCUUCGAGGGAGUCUAUCCAGGAAUACAACGAUCUCCUAGCCCAAGCUAACUAUCACGCCGCGGCUGCUGAUAGCUACCAAGACCCAUUUAUUCCCUCGAGGCAGGCUCCGCCUCCGCCGUCUCCUGCUACUACCUCCAAAAUCUCAUCGCCGACACAGUCAAACUCGUCUCCUAAAUCGCGCAAUUCGCUGCACAAGCCCCAGCCUGUCCGGAAACACAGCACUGCCAAGGCCAACAUAGACACGGAUCCUUUCGCCGCGACCAGCUCGCCCAUGGCUACUGGUACCGCCCCGCCUCCGCGCCCCUCUCGCGCGAACACGGCGACAUUGAACGACAUCUUCCCUACCCAGGGUUCCUUGUCUAGAAAUCGCCUCUCGGAUCCUGUAAUGUCUCCUCACACUCCAAACCAUCCACACUCGGAUUCACCGGAACCACUGAGCGUACCCCCACCUCCCCCCAUGCCUGAUACCUCUUCCAUCCUGUCACAGACUGCAUCGGGCAUACGCUCUCGCAGCAGCACGACGGCGACAAAGUCCAAGAAGGGCAUGUUUAACUUCAUGUCCGAUCUCCUCAAUAGCUCCAAGCGCCUUGAGAUCAGUACGCCGUACGAUCCUGUCCACCUCACGCACGUCGGCUUCAAUUCUUCUACCGGUGAGUUCACCGGUCUUCCGAAGGAAUGGCAACAGCUCCUUCAGGAAAGCGGCAUCUCCAAGUUGGAGCAGGAGAAAAACCCGCAAGCGGUCAUGGAAAUUGUCAAAUUCUACCAGGAGGGACGUGGCGAGGGAUCUGUUUGGGACAAGAUGGGCGCGAUACCUGCCCCCCAGACGGUGACAGCGCCCAGCCAGCCGCAACCUCGUGGCUACGCAGACGAGAAUUUCCAGAACCCGCGUGCUGCGCCUCCCCCUCCAAAGCAGCCAGCAAAGUCACAGCUGCCAUCUCAGGCGCCAUCACUGUCGUCGUACCGUCCUGCUCCCCCUGUUCCUUCUCCGCUCACGCCGACGCUUGACCGCUCGACAUCACAACGCCUCCCACAGCACAAGCCGCCGAAGACGCCGGACCAGCUCGCCCGCGCGAACACGACCAGCACGACGCGUGAUCGGCGUUCUCCGGGCCCUGGGCCCACUCACAAUGGGCACGGACACUCGAACGGGCAAUCACCGAAGCCGUCGAAGUCGGACCCGGGAGCUGAGAGGUCGUCGCCAGGCGCAGCGGAUCGGGAGCGAAGGCAGCAGCAGCCAGCUCAGCCGAGUCCUGCCACUGCAAGCUUGCAAAAAGCUGCCGCGGCUGGCGUAGCAACGCCUCGGCCACGGAAGGAGAAGAAGGGCGACAAGGACAAGGAGGCGGAUAUCGUCAAGCGGCUGCAGGUGAUAUGUACAGACGCUGAUCCCACCAAGCUGUACCGCAACCUGGUGAAGAUUGGUGCAGGUGCCUCUGGUGGUGUGUACACAGCAUACCAAGUCGGCACCAAUCUAUCUGUCGCCAUCAAGCAGAUGGAUUUGGACAAGCAGCCGAAGAAGGACCUCAUCAUCAACGAGAUUCUCGUCAUGCGCGCGUCGCGGCAUCCAAAUAUUGUCAACUACAUCGACUCGUUCCUGCACAAGAACGAGCUCUGGGUAGUCAUGGAGUACAUGGAGGGCGGUUCCCUGACAGACGUCGUCACUGCCAACUUGAUGUCAGAAGGCCAGAUUGCUGCCGUCUCACGCGAGACAUGUCAAGGCCUCGAGCACCUGCACCGGCAUGGUGUCAUCCACCGUGACAUCAAGAGCGACAACGUCCUGCUCUCGAUGAACGGGGACAUCAAACUAACCGACUUCGGUUUCUGUGCCCAGAUUUCGGAUGGCGCAAAGCGGACAACCAUGGUAGGCACACCAUACUGGAUGGCUCCCGAAGUUGUCACUCGGAAAGAGUACGGACCUAAGGUCGACAUCUGGAGUUUAGGUAUCAUGGCGAUCGAGAUGAUCGAGGGUGAACCGCCAUACCUCAAUCAGAAUCCUCUAAAGGCGUUGUAUCUCAUUGCGACUAACGGCACGCCCACGAUUGCGAACCCUGAAUCACUGUCGAGUACAUUCAGAGAUUAUCUCGCGAAGACACUUGAGGUGGAUGCGGAGAAGCGACCAUCAGCUUCAGAGCUCCUGCAGCACUCAUUCUUCAAGAUGUCGGAGCCAUUGCGCACGCUCUCUCCUCUCAUCAAGGCGGCGCGGGAAAUCGCAAAGUCCAAGUAAACUCUUGGUGUCCUUGACGCGCCUUCCCUUACCUACAUUCCUUCGUCAUCGCGUUGUGCGCGCCCCUAUACACCGGUCACGACCUCUUCCCAUUCAUUUUGUGGACUUCUGACCUCGUGUUGCUCUAUCAUCUUCUGACUGGCUGACUCAUCUUAGUAUCUGCCUCUUCCGUUCGCACCCUCUGUCUCUCCUCUCUGUGCAUGUUGUCGCUUACAUUGCGCCCUCCUUGUGUAAAACACAGCAUUCCUCUUAACGACUCGGACCCGCUCUCUCUACAGUUAUUGUCACAAAUUGAUUACAUAGACCGCGCGGCCUGCAUGCAGAUCUCAACGCAGCAACAUCUUUACCGACAUAGAGUACAGCUCGCACAGAUAAUUGUUUC